AUGCUGUAUCACAAGACUGCAGUCCGUUGGGAGCGGCAUGGAGGAAGAGCCCACAAGGAGACACACAUGGUGCUGGAGGUGGAGUACAGUGGUGUCCUAAAGACGGCCCGAUCCAUGAUGCCUCGAGCCAUGGUCCAGAAUGCCGACCUCCGCCAUGGGGACUUCUCCCUUCGGAUUGAGCCACUGCAGAGGGAUGAUGUAGGGCAGUAUGAGGCAUUGGUGAGAUACGGCACAGCGACCCUACAUUGCCAGGUGGCGCUGGGUGUGGUGACAGUGACUGUCAAUAUCCCUGGCCUUGUGGUGGAAACAGAGACUUUUUGGCUACACUGUAACUCCAGUCAUCCAGGCAAACCUGUGGGAGUUCAGUGGUUCCACAAUGACAGCCUUGUCCCGACCUCUGGCAGAUUUCUCUCCCUCAGUGGGGCUCUGUCUAUCUUCAGGCCGACUAUGAGUGACAUGGGGCCCUGGCGCUGCAACCUUGCCUACUCAGAUGGCGCAAAUGUUUCUGCCACAUACAACCUGCAAAUUCUAGGUUUCUCUGGACCAGCCUCUUCUGUUGUCUAUGCAGCAGCAGGCUCUUCCACAAACCUACCCUGCACUCUGAACCACAAUCCCAAUGCCUCUGGCAUCCAAGGAGUGAAAGCCCGCUGGAGCAAUCUCGCAGGAGGAUAUCUGGGAGACUCGGGUACUUCCAGGAAUGGAGACUUCACUCUCCAUGUCCCUGAGGUGGGGCCUGGUGAUGCAGGACAGUAUCGUUGUGAUGUUUCUAUCCGCGGCACAACAAUCACUAAGGAGGUGACUUUGGCCAUUAUUAUGGUCACCCCAAGCAUCAAGGGUCCAGUGGCUGAGGGCUCCCAUCUGAUGCUCAUCUGCAGCCUCACCCAUCCUCAAGGGCACGAGCACUUUCAGUGGAGACACAUAGACUCUGCCUACAGCAACAGGAACUCAGCUGAAGCUACUUCCAGAGAUCUGGGGACUCAGAGCUUCCUCUUGGGCUCCACCCUGGAACUACCCCGAGUAUCACAGAAGGAUACAGGCACCUGGGAGUGCAGCAUCCAUGGCCCAGAAGGAAGACUGGGAGCAGUGGAGUAUGGGCUGGAGAUUACAGAUGUCCAGGUCUCUGGGCCUCCUCCCAUCCUGGGUGGACAGGUCACUUUUGGACUCCUUCUCUUCAUCUUCCUCCUGCUUAUGGCCUGCGCCUUGGUUUUGGCCCUGUGGAACCGAAGGGUACGCUCCCCCCACUUCCCAGCACUGGAGAGGGAGAUUCCUGCUCCCAUACCAGGAAAUGGAGGAAAGGAUGGAGGCCAGGAAGGGAAGAUCCAGCAGACAGAGUGCUGA